AUGAGCGUCCCUCCGACGCCGACGGCCGAGAAGAGCCCUAGGCAGAGCUUCACGCCGCUCGUUUCGGUCGUCGACUUCCACCAUGCGCGCGGCCCCGAGGUGGAGAUGUGGUUCGGCGUCGAGGAGGGCCACGACCCGGCUGCCGAGUAUGACUGGACGCUGCUACCCUUCAUGGCAUUGAGCGACGGCGCCCAUGCCUUGACCGAGGACUUCUCCUAUUUCACACUCCUGCGCCCCGCAACCGACUCAGCGGCAGCCACGUCCCUCUUCGGCAUCUCGUGCACCAGACAGAUAGACGCCGCCCAAUUGCUCGUCAGGCCUGCCGACGUGACCCGUUCGACCGUCCAGAAAGCCGUCGUGGUCAUUGCAGACAGUCCGCAGUACUUUGGCAUGCUGAGGGAGCGGCUGAGCGUGGUGACCAAGGCCUGGUUCGCCCAACGGGAAUUCACAGAUGUCGAGAUCCUGCGCCGCUUCCAGGAGAGUUUGGCUGAUGAGAAGGCGCGGGGCUUGAUGCACGAGGACCAGGACAGGGACCAGUACCUGGGCCUGAGCUUGAGGGAACUGGUGCGUGAGUUCAGGUGGCAGACGCUGGUGCUGCUGAAGUGCUGUCUAUUGCAACCCAAGAUGCUCUUCUUUGGCACGCGGUGCGAGCGCCUGUGUCUGACUCAGUUCUCCUUGAUUUCUUUGAUACCCGGGCUUCUCCGCAACCUGCAAGAUGCUGCCGGGCCCGACCUGGAUAGCUACGAGAAGAAUCUGUCAACGCCGACAAGCUUGAGAACUAGUGACCGGAACUCCCUGCUGGCAUACAUGGGCUUGCCAUUGCAGAUCUUCGGGAAGGGAAGUUUAUUUGGACCAUACACACCCUUGCAGCAACUCGACAUCCUUGCCGAUUUCGGCACCAAGUCAUACAUCGUGGGCAGCACGAACUCGCUCCUCCUACAGCAGAAGGACCGAUACAGCGAUAUUCUGAUCAACCUCGACGAGGGCACCAUCAACAUCACGUCACCGUCUCUAAAAGCCGCUCUGCAGCUCUCCACGCCUGACCGUCGCUGGAUAGAUUUCAUCACCCAGAAUGUCAACGACACAUGGGACGACGCCAACCCCAGCCGGCCGAAAACCAUGGGAUACGUCGGCAGUGAGGAGUUCAUCCGCGUGCAAUUCGAAGAAUACCUCCUCUCCCUCAUCUCGUCCGUCAAAUACCAUGCCCACCUAGCCAAGUAUGCCCACAACCCACGGAUGCUGCUCCCCGAGAUUGAAGGCGAUCCUUCGCACGACUUCGGGCCGGACUUUGUGGAAGCCUGGACGCGCACAGAAAACUACCGCAUCUGGAACACGCACACCGACUCGCACCUCUUUGACAUUGUCGAGCCGAAGCACCCCUGUGCCGGCGGCCUCACGAUCGACGACAUCCAGCGCCGCAUCACCCAGCAGGUGCAGGACCUCCACUGGGACGAGCGAUUUGCCCAGGGGCGGGAAGCCCUCGGGCGCAACCUGGCGGCUGGCCGCGAGAAGGCCAGCACUCUGUUCAACAAGCUGUAUGCGGAUAUGGAGGCGCUGAGGGAGGCGCAGCGGAAGCGCAAUGAGGAGGCCAGGGCUGCACAGCAGCAGCAGCAAGCAGGUACCGGAGAGCAACCCCACGAGAAAAACGGAGGCGGCGGUGGCGGUGGCGUCGACCUCGGCAAGGCGCAACAUACAGUGCAAACGGUGGGGAGUAAAGCUGGGGCGUUUGUCAACAGCUGGGCUGCCUGGGCGGGCGAGAAGCGUAAGGGAUGGGGGAGGUCGACAGCGGGCGGUGACAACACCGCCACGACGACUACGAGUGCAGGCGGCGGCGGCGGGUGGACUGUUGGCUGGGGCAAAGCCAGUAAGAGCCGGGCGUCGCAGGCUAGCGGAUAUGAUGUGGUGUCAGAAAAGGACCCGCGGGCGUCAACCUCAUCAUCGGGCAGAAGAACCGACGAUUUCGAUGGGGCGGGCGAACACAGGCCUCUCACUGGGGGCUCGAUCAGCGGCGAAUCAAUGCUGGAUGGGGUGGGAUCAGACAGUGCCUUGUCCUCGCCCGUCGCGUCGCCAAGGAAAGCUCCGCCGUCACGAGCAGUCGCUGUUACGGACGUUGCGCCGCCAGCGGCAAACGCGGGUAAUGAUGGUAUCGUCCCGAAUCAGAAGACGAACGGGAAUCGAGCCUCGAGUACGGGGCCAAGUGAACUAGGCAAAGACGCCGCCGUGGCGCUCGCAGUAAGGGGGAAGAGGGAGAAGAAGGAGGAAGAGGAAGAGGAAGAGGAAACAGGAACUGACCACCCAUCGUCUCUGUUGCCCGAUCCUGCUACGGCGGAGGCGGCUGAAGCGCAGGGGGCUUGGGAAAAGAGGUGA